AUGCAGCAGUCCAUGGAUCCUCAACUCCGCGCGCCUGCGUCGUCCAAUCCAUUCGUCUCCCGGGCCUCGUCUGCCUCUUCCCUGGCAAUGGCAUGGAACACCGAGCAUUCCGACUUUCAUUAUACCACUGGCACAAUGCUGUGCGCCUCGGGCAAUGUGCUCUGUCAGGACGGCCUUGGUUUUAUAAGUCCUGCUCGUCCGUCACCGGUCCCCCACCCACACACACACACACUCCCCCUGAUUAUAAUCGGAUCCAAUCAAGACUCACCACCAUUCCUUUUACGUCUUUGCCUUUUUUCCGCAAGUGAAGGCAAGCAUUAA